AUGAAUUAUGUGAAACAACUCAUUCAGCACAGGAAUAGGUUCCACCCUGCUUUCACAUGAAUACGGAAUAAAUGCUUUUAUUUUGAUAUUUUAUGUCUAGGUGAUGGCAGGAAGAGACUGUUUGAGGUUUAUUUUGGCUAUGUUUUCACUCGUGAUAGAGAAAAGGGAGAUAUGGGGAGUUGCAUUUGCUCGUUCUUGACGAAACAUUACCUUGAUCUUAUUCGGACAGGGGCUACUUAAGGCUAACGCUUCUCUGCAGUUGAGAUUCAUGUUUGAAGAGAGCGAUGUCUCGCCCCGAGACCGCAGGUCAAAGCACUUGGGCUUUUUCUCUGGGCCAGAGGAGUCUGCUAGGCGUUGGCGCUGUUCUGGCGUGGAUGGUUCUUUUCCAUUUGCUUGUGAACGUGUGGCUGCUGUGCGUGUUCACUAGCCUGCUGGUGGUGCUGGGAGGGUGGCUGGGUUCUCAAGUAGUCCUGGACUCCAAUAGUGUCAUUCACCUGGAGCGCUUUGUCACGCUGGAGCCGCUGCGCAACUCCCCUGACAGCGAGCUGAAACUGGUUCAGGAGAUCCGGCGCACUGUACGCAAGAUCACCCGCGAUUUCGUCUCCUCUUGGUACCGCACCGUGUCUGCCGAGCCCGAGUUUGAGAGGGAAGCACAUGACGCCAUGCUAGCCAUGGCGAUGGAGCUGAAUAAGAGGGCUAGGAUCGUGGAAAGGAAGGCCCUGACGCAGAGGGUGCUGGACCUGUUCGGUGGCCAUCUGCAGACGUACUUGCGGGUGCGGGAGAUCGCCGAGGAGCCGGGUGCAGAGGACCGCCCCUCUUCAGAGCGUGGCCUGUGGAAUCUGUACCGUACGGUCACCACGCCUCAUCCAUCUCUCCAGAGCACGGCUGCGGAGGUGAAGUAUGCCCGGGCUGUCGUCGACCUCCUCUUACACGUGCUUGUGCCGCCCCCUCAUCUGGAGACACGAACUGGCCGAUUUGUUGUGGGAGAGCUCAUCACCUGUAAUGUACUCCUGCCACUCCUCAGCAAGGUCUCUGAUCCAGACUGGCUCAACCUGCUGAUCGUCAGCAUCUUUUCCAAGUCUGGCAGGCCGGACACGGAAACGGCAGAGGCCCCAACCGGAUGGGACACACCCCUGGAGCCCCUGGACCCCAUCUCCCCGACGCCCCCAGCCACUGCACCGAACGGGACGUUUACGUCUGUCCCCACGCCCACGCCAGAGCUUCCUAUGUACGACGAAGUCGAUGCUGCGGAGCCGUUUGGACAGCAGAACGAGGAGGAGGAGGAGGAAGAGCCCAGGCUGGAGGUUGGGUCCAGCCAGUUCCCUGUGGCUAAGUGUGCUGAAAUACCCGCUCACUUUCUGAGGCCCGCUAAAUUCAACCCGUUCUACCAGGAGACCGACUCUGACCUGGAGUCUCCUUCAGAUUUUAAGAGAAGCUCCAUGGAGUCGCUGGUUCUGGUAGGCACGGACGAGGUGCUGUCAGACCGGCUGAGGGAGUGUGCCACGCCCACGGAUAUCAGCAGCGUGGGGGACCUGGAGGAGGAACAGGGCUACCUGGCUAUAGGAGAAACCGCUUCUCCUCAGGUGCUGGUGUCGGAGGGACUGACGCUCCCCGGUUUGGACAAGGGCAUGGAGGCGGAGGGAGAGCGGGGCGAGUGGGCCGGGCGGGGUAACCCCAACGGGCUUUCGGUGGCUGGGCCCCUCCUGACAUCUUCCCCCAGCGCGGGGGUCGCGGCUCUGUCCCCCUUCAGCUUCGAGCCGCUCAGCAGCCCUGAGGGGCCGGUCGUCAUACAGAACCUCCGCAUUACCGGCACCAUCACUGCCAAAGAGCACAGAGGAACCGGCUCUCACCCCUACACACUGUACACCAUUAAGUAUGAAACUGCAGUGGACAGUGAGAAUGCAGGCUCUCUCCAGCCCGUGGCCUAUCACAUGGUAAACCGGCGCUACAGCGAGUUCCUCAAUCUGCAGACCCGCUUGGAGGAGAGACCUGACCUGCGCAAAAUCCUCAAGAAUGUGAAGGGGCCAAAGAAAAUCUUUCCUGACCUUCCGUUUGGAAACAUGGACAGUGACAAAGUUGAGGCUAGAAAAGCCUUGCUUGAAACAUUUCUCAAGCAACUUUGUGCCAUUCCUGAAACUGCCAACAGUGAAGAAAUGCAGGAGUUCCUUGCCCUCAACACAGACGCGAGAAUCGCUUUUGUGAAGAAGCCUUUCAUUGUAUCACGGAUAGACAAGAUUGUGGUGAAUGCCAUCGUGGACACCCUAAAGACGGCCUUUCCUCGCUCCGAGCCACAGAGCCCCACAGACGAGGUCGAUGGUGACAGUGAGGGGAGACCCCAGUCCGAGACCAAGAAAAUCAAGUCCAGACUGAGAUUCUCCAGUAAGAUCACUCCAGUUCUCAGCAUAUCUAACAUUCAGCCCAAAGUGCUUUACUGUUUUAAUGAGGCGAGCACAGUGUUCAGUGGCCUCUCUCUCUCUGGGCUGGAAGCCUUCAUUAAGGAGCAGGAGAGGCUGGUGUGCAGGACACCAGUGCCACAGACAGAUGGAGCGGAGGGCCCUCUGGUGGAGAGAGGAGGUAUAGCGGCUUGUGCUGAUUCAGAGAGUCUAUGGGGACUACAGGAGCAUGGAGCAGUAGCAGAGACGGUUCUGGCAGACGUGGCUCUGAAUAUCCUGUGUUUGCUGAUGAAGGAGCAGUGGGCCUGGCUCUGCACUGACAACAUCCAGAAGAGCGUCAGGAUGCUGUUCGGCACGCUCAUCGACCGGUGGCUGGACGUGGGCGUGGCGAACGUCACCUGCACGCAGUACUGGGUGACCUACCUGCGCGUGCUCCAGGAGGCCGUGUGGCCCGGGGGCUUCCUGCCGGCCCAGCCCCGCCCCGUACGCAGCCCGCAGCAGAGGGAGGAGACCAGGCUGCAGUCCCUGCACUGCCUGAUGAAGCUGAUCCCAGAUCUCAUCUCUGACCUGCUGGGUUCUGAUAAGUACAGAUCAAGCUGGCAGACAGUGCUAGACUCCCUACAGGACCCCAACAUAAACAAGCACCUGGUGUACUGUGUGUGUGACCUGCUGCUGGAGGUCCUGGUUCCUGAGUCCUCCGAUGAAGACUUUCAGAGUUCUCUGCUCAACAGCCUGUCCAGGAACACGGACAAGCCAUCUACCUGAAAUGACUGCAGAGUCCCACAGAUGCACACAAACGCACACACAAGCACUUAAUACUUUGGCAGCUGUAAUAUUGUGCAGAUGGAGUAAAAUCUGAGGAGUAAAGGUGCAUGAGGAAGGCUCACAGGAUCUCCUUGAUCAGUCUUCCUUCUGUCUUCUGAAAGAACUGAAUUCCCCAUUACAGCUUUUACUGCUAGUUAGAGACUAUUUUACCCAUUACCCGCUGCAGCUCAGCUGUGUGCUAUUUAUGAUAUUUUCGCUCUUACUGGCUACUAGUGAUGGGCAACAUGAUGGUGCUUACUGUGCACUAGUGUUUAAUUCUGAGCUUUGAUGGGCUCUGUUUCCCUGGUGUAAAACCCAGCGAUGACCAGCUUGAAAUGACCAGCUAUCGGCUGUUUCAAAACAUAGUUUGAGCUGGUCUGAACUGGCCAAAAUUUUUAAAUGUAGCUGAAAAAUUUAAGCUGUUUUCUUCAGCAGGUUUGAGACUCUCCUCCCCAGAUCCUUCGCCACCCGGCUCUUGCUCUUAACCUAAACCUUUGGCAAACCCCUUUCAUAUGAACUUUGCGCUGUUGAAAUGUUUCCUGGCCUUGCCGUUAAAGAAACAUGAAUUUAUUGGAAUGUGUGGGUGGGGGUUUGGAAGAGGUGUUGGUGGGACUUAACUCUUAUUUCCUCCCGGUGUUUACAGUGGCAUGCACUUGUGCCUCGUGGCUGUUUUGCCUUUCUCCCAGUAGAUACCAUCCUUUCUUUAUAAAGCCCACUGCCAUGUACUGGUAUAAGCAUGUGAAGUUUGUAGGCGCGUGUGCCUCAUGUUCUGGUCCAAGUGUGUAUUAUUUAUGUACGUGUUUGCUUUGUUAUCUAACAGUUUUGGUUGUUUUUCUCUUGGUAGUACAAGCAGCUGUAAUUUUUCCAUAGCUGAGUUUGGACUCGUCCAGCCAUUCCCGUAGUUGGAGCUGCUGUGUAAUGUGCAUUAUCAACACCCCUGCUAUUCUGUUUUCUAGGCCUCACACUUGAGCAGAAACUGCAGUGUUGUGUAGUUGUGUCUGCCUCUGCAUGAAAAACAGUGUGCCAUGUUUCUGGAAAACUCAUCCAAGAGGACGGCUUCAAGCAGCUGCAAAACCUUGUGCUACACAUCAAUAAUACAUUUAUGCAAGAAUGACACUUUAUAUUUCUGAACUUCGCCAAGAACUAGUCAAUUAUCAAAAUAGAGUAGGCACAAUAUGUUUCAGUUCAUGAGUCAAAGUUAUGGACAGUUGCGUUGAGUGUACCUGCUUCCAGAAUGUUCCUAUGGCUUCAUUUCCCCAGGCUCAUUUCCUAGUUUCUGUACCCGUGAAGGAAUCUGCCUCACAGGAUGGUUGUUUUGAAAGCUUGUGUCUUGUGCUGUUUCACAGCCGACACGUUGGGGAAUUCCCUUGUUGUUGGACCAAAAUGUCUUUGGGGCAGUUUGUCUUAAGAGAUGCUGCUUUACAGGAAGUCAUGCAUUUUCAACCCUUUUUUACAAAUGGAUAUGUUGAUAAAAUGUGUCUCCUGCAUUCCAUUUGCAUGCAGUGCCUCACUUGUUUUCUUUGUCUUCUUAUUUAUAUAUUUGUUAAAUUAUUUAACUUAUUGUGUUGUAUGUACGGAUACUAUCUCUAAAUAAUAUCGCAUUAUGCGAUUGGAGUGCAGUGGCAGGGUGUGGAAGCAUAGCUCAUUUUCCUGACUGCCUUUUAAAAGGCUGGUACCAGUGUGAUCUUUCUCUGUGUUUUGUACUCUGUACUCCUUGUACCCUUGGUGCUGACUGCACAUCACUUACUGGCCAUUCAGAGGCCUUUUAUUAAAAGGCUGUGAAGUUGCUGCAGUCAAGGACUGACCCUUCUCUCAGUGUCGACAAAGGGAAAGGGCACGGCUGGCUGUAGAGCGCACAAUGAAGCUAAACUCCAGUUUGAUAGGUUUAUUGGUAAAAGCAAGGUCAGGCACUUCAGUUUUUCAGAGAGCAGCACAAACUCCCCUUUGAUGUCCUCCUGUUCAGGGUAUAUUUCUUAUGCUUUGGGGACCAGUGAGAGAAGUGGUGAUCUGAAAACAUUUAAUGUUUUGUCUGGUGAAGAAGGUACAAUCUGUCUUGGGUUGUUCUGGCGAUGUGCAAAUGUGUUCAGAGGUUUACUUGGCUGAAUGAUGUUUCUAAUUGAACUGCACUUAACCAUGUAAUCCCAAUGCCUGUGAUUCAAACUGCUAUGCAACAGUAAACUCCUCUACCUUCAGAAACCGCACAA